AUGUUAGUGCAACUGACCAAUGUUGACAAUACAGAAAGGGCAAGUAAUCCGCCAUUUGAUAUUGACACAUCAGAGGAAACAGAACAGUUGGACUUUGAUUCUGCAAUACGUGAAUUUGAUACCGAUGUUUUCGGAAUUGAUGAGAACAAUAACCAGUUUCACGGGAUAAAUAACGAUAAAUUAGUUGUUGGUGAAAACGUCGACGUAAAUAAAGAAAGUGACGUUGAUAGCGAAAAAAAUGAAAGUGAUAGUGAUUACGUCCACCAGGGAUCAGAUAUCGGUGAAAACGUCGACGUCAUCAACGAAGAUGACGUUAACAGAAAUAAAAGUGAAAACGAUCGUGCUGGCGUCAACGAUGAAAACAACAAAAUAAAUGACGUUAACCGUAAUAAUGAAAGUGAAAAUUGUUUUGAUUUCGGAUAUAGUGACAUCAGUGAAUGUGAUGAUAUCAUUGAAAGUGACAGUGACCAAGACAAUGAAGAAACAUAUAAUGAACGCGAUAAUGCUAGCGGUAAUAACGAUGGAUGUAAUGACACCAAUAACUCUGACAACGAUAGUGCCGACAUGAUCAACAAUAACGUCAACGACAAUAGUUCCGACGAAAAUAGUAAUAAUGACGGUGCCGAUGGUAAUUACGUGAAUGAUGUUAACUUCGACGACAAUAGUGUGUAUAACAGUGGUGAAAACAGUGAACGAAAUAAUGAAUACAAGCGUAACUGUUCUUCUGAUGAGGAUUAUAUCUUAAUUUCGAGCGAAGACGAGAACGAGUCUAAUGAAACUGCGGUAGAAAAGGCAUCAACUUUAUAUAAAACCAGGGUUUGGACAUGCACUGUGACGAAACGCUUGUGUAUACGUGACGGUCAAGAAUAUGUACUGAGUGCAACAAAGGAAUUUGAUUACUUUGAAUUUGAUAAAUAA